AUGUUGAGCACGGUAGCAAGACGCGUUACACUCGUCAAUGCACAGACAUCAUUUAGACGACUCCUAGCUACAAGCUACAAGGGGCCACCAUUGUCUGACGAUGAUAAUACCAAUAAUAAUGACAUACACAAGAGAAACAAAAAGGAUCAAGCCACGUCUUCCUCCACUUCUUCCUCUUUUUCUUCUUCAUCAAAAUCACCAACAUCAAAGGUUCCACCACACAAGGAUGGAUUGUACUUUGGUCAGUUUACAAAAGAAGAAUAUGAAGCUGCAGCAAAAGCAAUCCGUGAACAAAUUGCAAAGUUGGAGAAUGACAUCAAAGGAGAUCACAAUAUUCGAGAAAAAUUAGGUAAAAUUGCUCAAUUCCCACAACGAAGCCCCGAGGGUGCUUCUCCAACAGAUAUCAAAAGUUUGUCAGAUUUUUUCCGUCAAACAAUUAGGUUGACUGGGCCGAUUCCAUUAAGUGCAUACAUGAGACAGUGUUUGACGCACCCGGAUUUUGGAUAUUAUACUACACGAGACCCACUCAAUUUGAAGACAGGAGAUUUUAUAACCAGUCCCGAAAUUUCUUCUGUGUUUGGAGAAAUGAUUGGAAUAUGGUUCUUUAACAUCUGGCAAACUUCCAAGGGGAAAACACCGCCUAAAAAUAUUAGAUUUAUAGAAUUCGGUCCUGGAAAGGGAACCUUGAUCCAUGAUGUGCUUCAUACAUUCAACAAAUUUGUCACUACUGUCAGUGACAUAAAGCCCAAAAUUGAAAUAGUCAUGAUUGAAGCAAGUCCCUUUUUAAGAAAAGAGCAACAGAAUCUACUUUGCGAUACAACAAAGGAAUUCAAAAAGAAUGAUGCGGGCUUUGAUACUUCAGUGACGAAAUGGGGAAAUGAUAUCAUUUGGGUGGAUACAGAAAAGAGCAUUCCCAAGGGAGGCAGUGGAAAAGACGGUAAUGGAAACAACAUAAAUGCUGAGGAUGACAACAGACUGGUGAACUAUAUCAUUGCACAUGAAUUUUUUGAUGCCUUACCAAUUAAAUCAUUUAUAAGGCAAGAAGAUGGAUGGAGAGAACUAGUAGUUGAGCAUACCCCAAGUGUAGACACCUCCUCGCAAUUGAAGUUGGAAACACGCCAAGAUCCUCAAACACAUUUUAUUUCAACCAGUGGUGGCCUGAGUAGACAAGAACAAGAACAAAAACAAAAACAAAAACAAGAACAAGAACAAGAACAAGAACAGCUACAAGAACAAUUAGAUACCGAAUUCCAUUUGAGUAUUUCUCCAAAAGAAACUCCAUCUUCGAUGAUUCCAAAGAUUAGCAAAAGAUAUAAAGAUUUGCCUGUUGGUACCAGGAUUGAGAUUUGUCCUGAUGCUGAGCUUUUCAUAAUGAAGAUAGCGCAAUUAGUCUCUGGAAAUGUGGAUGGUAGUGGUGGUGGUGGUGAUGCUGCUAGUUUUGGUGGACAAGAUGAAGGUGCUGCUUUGGUUGUUGACUAUGGUCCUUCAAGCGAAAUCCCUGAAAACACAUUGCGUGGAAUAUACCAACACAAGUUUGUUUCACCCUUUUACAAACCUGGCGAAGUAGAUUUAUCAGUUGAUGUUGAUUUCCAAAAUUUGAAAAACUUGACCGAAGCAGUAUGCAAUGUUUAUGGACCAAUUCAGCAGGGCGAUUGGUUACAUAAUAUCGGUAUCGGAUAUCGUGUUGAUCAAUUGUUGAAGAAAAAUGCUAAUGACGAAGAAAUGCAAGACAAAAUAUAUGGUGCUUAUAGGCGUUUGGUUGACGAUGAUCAAAUGGGAAAGGUUUAUAAAUUUAUGGCACUUUUACCUAAGGGUGCGCAAAAACCAAUUGGAUUUUGA